UCCGUUCCGUUGAGUUAAAUUAGGCUUGCUAGUGACAUCGGUAGGGUCGUAGGCAUAGUGGCUCGUAGGGACAUCGGUGCUCUGACGCUCGGAGAGGUUUCUCAUAGUAACCGGGCCAGUAUAUUUUUCAUGAAUUGGAUUGUUUAUUAAAAACUAAAUUGAAUAUUCCAUCACCGGCAUCACGAGCGACAUCCAAUAUCCAAAGGAACGAGUCAGCUGCUAAGAAAGAAUGAAACUGCAAGAGCAAGUCUGCGAGUACCUACCCGGGCUACCCCAAUAAAUUUGAGCACUCCAAAGUCCAAGUGUUACUACUUACUACCUACUUAAAAGUGCGGCCAUCUGGCGUCUGGCGGCCCCUUCAACCCGCGGCCCGCCAAUAACAACGAAAUUGAGUGUUCAAAAAACGUUUAUCAAUAUGAUUGAGUCUUCCCCUGAACACAUCUGUGGCAUUUCAAGAAGGAGACACAGCAGAACAUUUUCUUCCGGGUCUGAGACAUCAGACCAUUUCCUCUCCAUCAAUGAACGACCUGUGGAUGAUAUAUCACUUGAUUUCUUUUAUAAACCUCACACCAUUACAUUACUAUUAGUUACAAUUGCGGGUCUUUUAUAUAUUUGUUUUUUAAGAGAUGAAACAGUUAGCAUUCAAGCAAACAUUCAAGUGGGCAUCCAGGCAGCCAUUUUCUUCUUCUUGAUCAUCUCGGUAUUGGCCUUUCCCAAUGGCCCAUUCACUCGUCCUCAUCCUGCCGUUUGGCGCUGUGUCUUUGGCCUCUCUGUGCUCUACAUGAUACUCCUCAUAUUUCUUCUAUUCCAGGACUACCAAACUGUUCGUGGCAUUUUCGAGUGGUUUUUUCCUGAGCUGAAAAAUUUCACUAUUGACAUGGAUAAGGGCGAGUGGGGGGAGAAGUGCGAUGACUUUUCUCUACAGCGGCUGUGGGAGAGUGUGGACUUCUUCUGCUUUGCUCACUUUGCUGGCUGGGCCAUGAAGACGCUGCUGGUGCGCCACUACGGCAUCCUAUGGACCAUCUCCAUUAUGUGGGAGAUAACUGAGCAAAUGGUAAUGGUGCUCAGGGACAUCCGGAGCGCGUCUGGCAAGCUUAAGCGCGCCGUGCUGCAGUUCACGCCUGAGUCAUGGACGGCGAUGCGCUGGCUGGACCCGAGCAACACUGCCAUGCGCACCGUCGCCGUGUGUCAGCUCAUCGUCUUCUGGCAGCUCUCUGAACUGAACACUUUCUUCCUCAAGCAUAUCUUCCAGAUGCCGCCUAACCAUCCUAUUGUCUUCAUUAGGAUCCUGCUACUGGGGGCCAUCUCUGCACCCAGCAUCAGGCAAUACUACAGCUACGUGACAGACCCGCGCAUCAAGCGAGUGGGCACUCAGGCUUGGGUGUACGGUCUGUGCAUGUCCGUGGAGGCGAUCAUCUGCUUCAAGUUCGGCCGGGAGCUUUUCCUGCAGACGCAGCCACAGAAGGUGCUCCUGUGGCUGGGCAUCAUGCUGCUGGGGUCUGUUCUCUGCAUCUACCUCUGCGUUGAGCACCAAAAAUGGACACGCAAGAAGCGGGGGCAAAAGGAGCGCCACAGCCGCGCGCACCACAACACUGGCGGCAGGAGCCGUGCGAUGGACAGCUCGAGCCCCUCAGCGUCGCCUCGCAAGUCCGUCACGCUCAGCACGCCAGACUCUGAAGCUGACAAACAUUUCCCUGACCUCGAGGAUGACGAAGAUGUGACGAGACGACGCAAUGCAGACACUCGUUUCAGGCGACGUCGAGACGUGCAGUCGAGAGGCAGCCUCAGCGGGAUUAUGGCUGACGAUGAGUCAGAAGAUGCUGAUGAUGACAUCCCCAUCUCUGCACUUCUAAAAAAUAAGAAAGUUACUUUACAUGUAUUUAACCUGCCAAACUAAUUUUAGAUUCACCCAAAUUGAGGCAAGCGGUGCAAUGUUCGCGGUCUUCAUUGAAUUUUGGCAUGGUUAGCUUUUCACUCGCGUCGACGAUGCUCCCUAGCGACACAGGGUUUGGAUACUGCAAGAUUGGAGCGCCAUCAAGUUUUGCAUUUAUAAAGUAUAUAAUAGGCACUGAAGGUUCAGUAGAGUUUGUAAGUAUAGGAUAGACAUGAGCCUUUUAGUUUCAUACACAUAAUGGCGUAUGGAACCCUUUGCAGAGAAAGGUCGAGUGAGAGGCAGUGGGCAGUUCCGUGACUGUUUUUAGUUUUGGACGCCUGAGGAAUUCGGUAGUUACUUCUAGGUUAUCUGUACCUGCCGGACCAUCCACGAGGAUGGUUGUUUUUAUAAGGAUUAAAUCGUCUACUGAAUUACAAGUUCUUCCUGGGUUGUUGAAGUUGAUUUAUAUUCGCUGAUUCUUCUUGCUUCCAGUUGCUCUCUCUCUCUUAAGUGAUUUUUCGCGUUUUAUUGUGUAUUUGCUCAGUGUUGAUAGUUCUCCUAAAUAUAGGACCACUUCCUUUUCUCAUAGAUUUUAUCAUUUACUGUGAAGCUUUACUGACUAUCCUUCAUUGUGUAUCUGCUAUUAAUCACAAUAUCAAUAUCGUAUUGAAGGUCUUAUCUGGCCAAGCAAGGAAGAACGAAAUUCUGAACUAGCUCUUGUGAUGCGGUCUUGUCUUGCAUAAUAUCUUUCAUUUCAUGUAAUGAGUGAUGGGCAUCGAAGCUCCUGUUUGCUGUAAUGUUUUACCUACCGUACCUUGUAUAACUUGCAACUAUACUACUUCCCAGCAUAGCUUAGCGUUCACUCAUUGACAAAGAUCUUUUACAGUGUCCAAACACAGGUAUUGGAAAGAGUUGGAUCUCUUCCAAUGCACCUUUAUUAGAAGAUAAUUCAGCACGCAGCCUGUAUUGCAGUUCACUUAAGGUUAGACAUGAAGACGCACAAGGCUCUAGGGUCAGCCGCCCGUCGUAUGUCAACACUUUCGCGGUACUUCUUUGAUUGAGAGAUAGAAAAUUAAAUGACUGAGAAUUAUGUUCAAGAUAUUUCUUUAAAGUAGUGGAUUAUUUGAAUAGGUUUGAAUUUUAUUAAUGCUCGGAAAUUGAAAUUCCUUGCAUUUACGUAAACACGAAUUACGUCAUGUAUUGCAAAACUACCAGUCCAAGUCUAGGGAUAUGAGUAAUGCUAGAGCAAUAUGGUAGUGCUACGUAGUAACCUUGUAUUCUGUACCACCAGAAAACUUCAUUACUUCGCAGUUUAUCUCUAAAUUCAUUGUUUUGACGCUUCACAUGGUUUAAUGAAUGAUUAAACGAAUCGUUCUUGAUGAUAAUUGCACCAAAGUGCUUCAAUGAAUGCAAUCGAUGAGCAAUCAAUUGGGACAAUCCGAUCCGAGCUGGUUUGAGAAUUUUUUUUAUACUGAUACUGUUUGAUUUACUAAGUGCUGUUGUGUAAU